AUGAAUUCUAAAAUGUUUUUGGUAGUCAUUAUCUUUUGGAUCUUCCAAGUAGUAGAGGUGGGCGUGAUCGAUGCUCUUGAACAUGCUUUUGUUAAUGCCAAGGUGUACCAAGUUCACAAUUUUCCAGACAUUCUGGGAAUGGAUUACAACAAGGAUAUCCGAUACAUAAACUUUUACGCAUUCUUGAGUGGUGUUAUAUGUACAUGGAUUUUGGUGUUUCCGUUGACAAUCAAGCUAGUCAUCCUUGCUGUCUUCGGCACAGAGGAUGAUUCUGAGAAGGUUGGAGAUUAUUUUCUAUGGUUCCAUUUGGCUUUACUACUUCUCCUGACGUUUGCUGAUAUUUUGAUUCUUUGGACCUGUGAUCGAGAUACACUUCGGGCUCAGGCAACUGAUGCCUAUGGCCUUUAUUAUAUCUAUAGAAACCAUAAACUUUUUUACUUAUCACAUUUGGUUGCAGAGAUUGUUUCUUUGGUGGGAGUUGUAUUCUAUGGAUGUUUGUUCAAAGAUAUCUACUUGGCCGGAUAG